UAUAAAUACAGUAGAUAAAGUUCUAUUCUUUCAUUAGCUUUUACUAUCAGCUGGCGUUUGGAAGAACACAGCAGUUUUGCCGGAAACGAGCAGGAAAAGCGGGCUACGGUUGAAAGUUUAACGGACGUCAAAAAUCAUCAUUAUGAAAUUUAAGUUUUUUCUAUUGACAGCAUGUGUGGCAGCCACCCUCGCAGCACCACAGCGAACAGAAGCUGAAGCAGAAAUCGUGGCCCAAGACAGCAAUAUCGAUCCGGAUGGUUCUUAUCAGUACAGUUACGAAACCGCCAACGGAAUCCGAGGCCAGGAGCAGGGAACGCUAAAGCGGGCAAGCAGUGCGGACACUAGCGAUGUCAUCGUUGCGUCCGGCUCCAUCACCUACACCGCUCCGGACGGUCAGGUCAUCACGCUGAACUAUUCGGCCGACGACGAAAACGGUUUCCAGCCCCAAGGUGAUCAUUUGCCCACACCGCCACCGAUUCCACCGCAAAUUCAGAAAGCUUUGGAUUACCUGGCCAGCCUACCACCGGCGAACCGACGAAGGCGCUAAAUAUUUUUGGAGACUCGUGCUAUGCGCUUCGUUCGAUGUUUUAACAAAAGACACCCCCGCCGAAAAUGGUUAUAGGACCUUAUCCACCUGCGCCACGCUAGCAAACAGGCGAUGGCUAAUACUCAACAAAUGCUAGUUUUAUUGUUAGGCUAAUUAUUGUUACUAACUGUUGAAUGCAAGGCGAACCUAUCUAGAUUAGAUAGCUAUCGCAACAAGUGAAAUUUCGUGUUCAAAGUGUUUUUGCCAAAUAUGUAGCUCAUGUUAAUUAUUGAGACGAAAAUAAGGAAGAAUACUUACUGUUGCAUUAUCACUGAUCAAAGGCGUUAAUAAAAUCGCACCUUAAAAAUACUA